AUGUUGAGGGGGGGAGGUCUUACCAGCAAGGUGCUAAAAAUAGGAAAACGUUGGUUGGCUGACAAGGAAAGUGCUUUUUUUACCACAAACAGAAAUAAAGGAACAAAAAAUGCCUUAUCCAAAUGUAUUGAAAUUAACAAGGCAAUUCUGAAAAAUGAAAAUAUUCUCGAAAUAGUAAAAAUAAUAAGGAAGAACGAAAAAAAUGCCAAUAUAAUUAAUUACGUAACGUAUGUGCACCGGUUAAUGCAAAUAAUAUGCAGCAGGAAGGAUGACCCCACUUACUUAAAACGUAUAACAUAUAUCCAUGACGAAAUAGAGGAAAAAAUUAGCAUCAUUUUUCAGUAUUUUAUUGACCAAAAGAAAAGUGUUAAAAUUAAUAACUACAACAAAAGACUCUUUUCUUCCUUCAUAUGGUCCCUUAGUAAGUAUGCCAGUCUUUUCCAAGGUGGUGACACCAGGCACCUCUUUGCCAGUACGGUGCCUCACAAUGAUUUCGCACAUCCGUGUAAGGGUGAAGUGGAGUGGCUGAAAAGGGUUCUUGUCUUAAAUGGGCAGGGGGAGCAUGUCAGUGGUGUGUACCUGUCGGGGGGUUAUGAUGGAGACGGUACGGUUAGAAGUAUUCCUCUGAAGACAAAUACUCCCCAAGGGGAGGAAAACCAACACGAUGGAAAAAAUUGCCCCCGCGAAGCAGUCAGGGGAAGCCCCACCCCAUGUAAUAAGUUCAGCCUCUUAUGCUACUAUGCAGACGCGUAUUUACCAUCCUUAAAUCCCUCUCGAUAUGUCCUUGUGCUUUGGUCAUUAAGCAAGCUGAAUAAACAUUACAAAGAAUUACACGAGCGAUACUACGAGAGGAGUACGAAUCUCUUGCCUCUGCUAAAGAGUAAGGAACUGAUAAUGCUUCUAUAUAGCUACUCCUAUGUAAAUUAUUCAAACUUACAUUUUUACGUAAAAGUGAAAAACUUUAUUAUGCGAAGAAAUGUAUAUAAGGAAAUAGUCCAUGCGAGGGAGUACGAAUCUGUGGUCAACAUGCUUCUGUCAUUUUCGAGGCAAAAUAUAUUUCCCCAAGAUUUACUCGAAAGCACAGUAGACCAGAUUUUACACUCGAAGGAUUUUUUGAAAUGGAUAAAAAGUAAGGAUCUAAUAACCCUCCUCUUUUGCCUAUGCAAAUUUCCGUUUUUAUACACACCAGUGGGAACCCCCCUUGGAGCGCUAAAAGGAGGGGAAACAAAUAUAUGGGCAAGAAAAAAUAUCUUUUUGUAUCAAUUGCUAAAAAAGGAAAUUAUGAAUAGGUGCGCUGAAAGGAGGAACCCAAGUGGGGGGGAUACACUUCAGACGGAGGAAAAAAAUACACACAAAGAGGUACCAGUCUACAUGAUCACCUACUCCCUGGAAAACUUAAUUUUAAUCAUAUGGUCGUUAAGUCUUAAAUAUAUAUACUCAGCAAAAUUGUUCCUCUGUUGCUUUACUAAGUUAUCAGAUUAUUUGAAAAAUCAAAACUACCUGAACAGUUCAUAUCCCAUGUUGACGAAUUUUUAUUUAUCCCUUCUGUCCUUCUUGCUAGAAGAUGGGAAGAUAAUUGAUCUAUAUUUUAACAGAGCAGAAUUAAAUGCCCUACGUGUUUUGCAUAACAAUGUCGACACCUUUGAAAGGCAUUUUGGGACAUUCAAAAAGGCGAUAAACAUGAAUGGAAGGAAACAUGACGUGGAGGUGUCCGGCAUGCAUAAGGUUAUAUACAAUUUGGUCUCCAACCUUCUUAAGGGGAAAGAAAAUGUAGCUGUUUUAUUGGAACAUAAAAACGCGGUGAACUUGUCUGUGGAUAUUUUGCUCCUUCAAAAGGGGAACACUACAAGGCAGGAGAACGAACAUUGUGGGGAGGCUCCACGUGGUGAAUUCUUAUGUGAAGUGAUGUUACCCCAUGGCCGGACGGGGAAUGAACAGGCUUAUCACAGCAACAAGGAAGGUACGGCGAAAUGUGUAGGGUUUGCAAUAGGGAAGAGCAACGCGGCUAUUGGUUCCCCAUUCCAAGUACCCCCCAAAAGCACAUCACUAGGCGCGCAUCAAAAGCGUGACUAUCACAGCAGCGCCGAAAAUGAUAACAUAAAAAGUGACACUUACAUUGAAGAGGCAAUCAACGUGAGUGUACCGUUUGAGAAGACAGAUAUUCCAACCAAUGAGGUAAGAAGUAGUUUGCUCCUCUUCAUCGAAAGAAUAAAAAGUGCGAAUGACAAAAUGGACACCAAGGAAUUGAAAAAAAUAUUUAAAGAUGUGCUAACCUUCCUUGGGAAAUACUCUACCCAUAUGAAGGAGCAGGACAUUGUUAGUUUUUUUUAUAAAUUUUCUGCCCUUUUUCCGCGACUAUGUGAGUUAAGGGAGUGUAAUAGGAUGGUCAAUCGUGGUGGCGAAGAAUUUUUAAGAAUUUUUUCCUACUUCCAUGGAUACACCACUAACACGUUUUUUCAAAGUGUGAACACGAAGAAGGCGCAUUAUCUGCUUGAUGUGUGCUGGGUCUACUUCCGAUACAUGAAAUAUUUUUGUACUUUAUCCAGGGAAGGGAAUCCAGAUAGGCCUAGAGACAGAGAAAGCGUAACAGGAAUGACAACUAAGAAAAGGCUAUCCGCCGAAAUAAAAAAAAUUGUAAACAUAUUCGACCACGUUGUAAUGAACAAAAUGAUAAGCGACCAAAUGAUAGCAAAAAUGUCGUCCAAAAAUAUGGCCCACCUUAUUUCCAUUUUUUUCCACAUUAACAAUUCGAGUAUGGUGGAACAUUUAAAAAAAAAUAAUUUUCACAAUGUUCAUUUUACCGUGAAGGAUAUUCUCCUAAUUUUGAGUGCUUUAACCAAAUCCGAUUUUGAAUGGAAAAUUGAACGAAGCUAUUUUUGCAAUAAAUUUAUUGAGCAUAUAGACACCUGCGGGGUGCGGGACUUGGUGGAGUUUACCUAUCUAUGCGCGGAGUUGAAAUGCAGCAGUGAGCUUAUUAGUACGCAUAUUAGAGAUAAGGUUAACUCGUGUGGUCCUCUCCAACAGUUUGGAAAGCAGACAUACGUGGAGAGAAGAAGCCACUCCUAUGGGAUGGUAUCGGACGUUUCUUCUACCCCCUCCGGUCAAACAAAAUUCAUUGAAACCUUCGAACAGGAUGAGCUAGCCCUUUUCGUGAGGAACUGCUACCGAAUGCACUGCUUUGAUCGACAUUUUUUUGACACACUGUGCGAUGAGGCGCUGAGGAGGCACAGCACGCUGAGUGCGAAAAAUCUGUGCAUUGUGCUGCCCUGCUUCGCACGCGUUUAUUGUCUGUACGGGGUGGGUGCGUAUUCCCCCAGUGGAAGGAGCGGGGGAAGAGAGCCCCUCAGACGAAACAUGUCCUUCUGCAGAUACGACGUUCCCCCAUCCCUAAGGAAACUCGCAAAGUACGCGGAGACGAAAAUACUCUCCUGCAGAAACCCCAAUUUGUUCAACCUGGCAUAUUUAAUGGAGGCAUUUACGCUGCUCAAAGUUGAAAACAAAAGGGCGUACGCUUUAUGCGUGAAGGAAGUAGGAAUUAACAUACGAAAGGGAGCCACAAACGAAGGAGAGAAGAAAAGACACACUUGGGGAGAUACAGAUAAGGAGGUAAAAUUGCUGGGGAAAAUUCUAUGGUGCAUGUCGUAUUAUCAUAAAACGGAAUUUACCUUGGCAGGAAAAAUUACCAACUUUUUGCUAACCAAAAGGAUAUACCAAAAUGUAACCCCUGAAAAUUUUAUUUCCAUUUUUUUGUACUACAUAAAAUCGAGAGUAUACAACAGAAGGUUGUUCCAUAAAAUGGGCCAAGCUGUCACAAGGAGCAUAACUCUGCGUGAUUAUUUUAUUGAUCAGGAGGGUAAACGGAGGGGAGGCUUCAAGUUGAGUGUCAUCACAGAACUGUAUGGAACCAUGGCAUGGGUGUACGCAUUUACCUGUUGCUAUGCAGAGCAGGUGGAACAUAGUACCAAUAGGAAGGAAAAGAAUAAAAGACAAAAAAUGGAAAUAAAAAAUGAUCAACUAUUUUUAAAAAAAAUAUACACCUUCCUGUUAAGUGAAAUUAAAAUUCUCCACAAAUAUAAAGGAGUUACCUUUUUACUUUUAGCAAGAUAUUUAUGGGGCGUUGCAAUUGUAAAUUUAGCAAAUGAAGAAAUAGCACAUUUUAUUAACGCCUACAAUUGGAAUACUGUAAAUGUAAGGGAACAAAAUUAUAUGCACUUACAUAUGAUUGUUACCUUUUGGUUAAGGUUAAAAUAUUCCCAUUAUGAUUUUCACCUUUGUGAGGAUUUUCUCACUUUGAAGGAUCAUAUUAUGAGCCUACUUGGGAAAAAAAAAAAAAAAUUACAAAAUGGCCACCAUAAUACUGCUAGCGAGAAUAUAUCAGAUUUCCACCAACAGGUAUGCGAAAUAUUAGACAAAUUUGGAGUGAAAUACGAAAAUGAGUACAUGGCGCAGGAACUUUUGUCCAUCGACUUGGCCAUAAGGGAUGACACAACGGGGGAAAAAAUUGCCGUUGAGGUGGAUGGCCCAUCACACCAUUUGGUACUUUUGGACGAGACCGACACGAGGGCUAAGAAGAUGUAUGCCCCAUGUGGAACAACCCAUUUUAAGAACUGUCUUUUGAGGGAAAUGGGCUGGACCGUCAUCAACAUCGAAGUGCAUGUGUGGAAUAAACUCAGGAAAGAAGAGAAGGACGCUUACGUGGUGGGCAAACUGACAAAUUGUAGUGAGAGCCUUAAAAAUUACUUUGCGAAGUGGGCCUCACCGAAUUGA